AUGGCAAUCAAUAAUACACCAAAGAACUCAACUAACAAGGAGGAGACGAUGGAUCAAGCUAAGAAGCGGCACUAUGCACAGCUGGCACAACAAUUGCAGCUGCUACAAAGUAACUUAGAGACUACGGCGAAGCAUGUUGAGGUUAUGUCCUCACAGUGCAACGAGCACUUGGUAAAUAAGCUAGGUAAAAUACAGGCCUCGUGGUUUAUCGGUGGGAAUAGAUGCUUUGAACAGGAGAUGUUGGGUAAACAUUAA